GGGUCCCUCCUGCUCUCGCAAAGGAGCGAAAUAAUACUAGUACAGUACAAGCAAGCAAAGCCGUUUUGCGGUGAAGGUGAGGCCGUGGGAGCAAUUGAUUUGACGGACAGCAACACGGAUGGUAAAAAAUUUCCAUUUUUUCCCUUCCUAGUCGGCCUGGAGAAGAGUCGAGCAUAAAUAUCCAGCAUGGAUCUCUCUCUCAUGCAUGCAUGGGGUCGGGGGAGCACAGUGACGCAUGGAUCUGGUGGUCGACCAGUGAUCGAGUGGUUCGUGUGUCCCUUCCUCCGUCGAUCGUCGACCCUUUUCACCGCGGGGACGGGGCCCCGUCCCGUCGUGCGGACAGAUGGAACCCAAUCGCUCGCGCGGUCGCACAAAUAUCUGGGCGGUUACGGUCACUCAUCAUGCGCGGCGCGGUCACGCGCAGGCCGUCAGGCUCCAGAAACAUAGCGCCACGCCGCGGGCCCCGCGCCGGCGUGCGAGCGAGCUCACUGAUCACCUUCGCGUUUGCGUUGCGCCGAAGCCUCAGACGACCCGCCCCUUUAAAUACGGCCUCGCCGCUCCUUUCCCCCGGCAGAGACGCGACCUCAGCAAAAAGAAAUCAAACACCUCGCUCGGCUGCUUGCUUGCUUGCUCCGGCCGCGUACCCCAGAGCUCGCGUCGCGUGCACCCGCACCGGUGGUGCAGCUGCGGCGGCUGGUUCCGACGCCGGGAAGCCGGUCGACCGAGAAGCUAUUUCCAAGAUGAACGCGCCCAACUCGUGGCUGUUCGCGGACAACUCCAAGUACAGCACCCGCGCGCGGCUCGUCUUCAUGGGCCUCUCCUUCGCCAUCGGCAUCCUCACCUUCCUCAUCUACCUCGCCAUCUGGUACACCUGCAGCCGCCGCAGCCGCCGCCAGCGCGGCGCGGGCGCGGUGGACCUGGAGGCCGGCGCCGCGGCCGCGGCCGCGUCCGAGCGCGGCAUGAGCGACGCCGCGAUCGCCGCGCUCCCGACGUUCUUGUACGAGCAGCAGGCGCAGGCGGACGACGCCGCGGUGGACUGCGCGGUGUGCCUCGGGCAGCUGGAGGCCGGCGAGAAGGCGCGGCGGCUCCCCAAGUGCGCGCAUUUGUUCCACGCCGAGUGCGUCGACGCCUGGCUGCGCGCGCACUGCACGUGCCCCAUGUGCCGCGCCCCCGUCGGCCCGGCCGCCGCCACCUCCUCCAAGAAGGACGGCACCACGGAGACCACCCCCCAGGCGCCGGCGGCAGCCACAGCGACGGCGGAGGCGCUGCCACCUGUUUAGGCUGCGCGUGGCUGCAGGCUCGCCGCGUGCCUCGGCAGAAGGCUGAACUGAGCUAGCUAACAUAGGACGUAUAUAGAGGCCUAAUCGAGGUGAUUUAUUUGGUUCGUAGUACGUGUACAGAAGUGUCUGUGACGUCGAUUGUAUUAUUAUUACUAUUAUUCUCACUUCUAUUCUAGGCGAUUUUUGCUUGAGUAAAUGAGUGAAUCUAGUGCUCGUAGCACGCACUCUACUGCAA